ACGCACCCCGCAAACACGCCCAAAUCCAAAAGCUCACUCGGCUGCCGUCGCUUUCGCCGUCCCAGCUCGUGCGCUCGCACCACUCCCCGCUCCCCACCCGGCUCGCAAGUCGCAACAGCGAGCGACCCCCCGCAGUCCCCCCUCCCUUCUCCGCGGCUUCGCUCCCCCGUCUGCCCCAUCCGAAAUCUCCUGUCCCGAGGGUUUCAGGUUUCUUGGUCCCUAGCGCCUUGUCCGCUUGCUGGGCCGCGUCGGAGCCCGCCGCUUUUAGGUGCGACUUCCCUGCAUCUUUUCCAGCCAGGGAUCGCUGGUUUCUUUCAAAGAUCGCAUCUUUGGCCUGCGGGAUCCGAUGAGAUGCGGGGGCGGUCUCGCAAUCCGAGUUCGUAGCAGGCAUGGCUGAAGUGGCGGCCUCUUCGUCCGGAUCCUUCGCCCCGCGCCACCUCUAUGGCGCCGGCAUCGUCAGGGACGCGCUCCCUUACGGUGGCCUCGCCACCCCGCCGCCGCCGCCGCCGGUGCAAGGUUCGGGUCGGGGAGGAGGGAAGAUUAGCCCCGCGGUGCUGUUCAUCAUCGUGAUUCUCGCUGUGGUGUUCUUCAUCUCCGGCCUGCUCCACCUCCUGGUGCGGCUGCUCAUGAAGAAGCAGCAGCGCCGCGGCCAAGGGGGUUCGGCGGCUGCGUCGGCGUCGGCGCGGGGGGCGGGAGGGGAGGCGGGGGCGGACGCGGCGCUGCAGCGGCAGCUGCAACAGCUGUUCCACCUCCACGACUCUGGGCUGGACCAGGCGUUCAUCGACGCGCUGCCCGUGUUCGCUUACCGGGAGAUCGUCGUGGGCUGCUGCGGCGACGGCGACAAGGAGCCGUUUGACUGCGCGGUGUGCCUGUGCGAGUUCGACGCCGAGGACCGGCUCCGGCUGCUGCCGCUGUGCGGGCACGCGUUCCACCUCAAUUGCAUCGACACGUGGCUGCUCUCCAACUCGACGUGCCCGCUCUGCCGCGGGGUGCUCUUCGUCCCAGGGCUCAUGGCCGAGGACAACCCGAUGUUCGAUUUCGAGGAGAGGCUGGAGGAAGGGCGGCUGUCCGAAGAGUGUGAUGACGGGUUUGAAUUGCCUGGGCAGAAGGCUUCAGGGGUGGCACAGACGCCAGUGGCUGAGAAGAGAGUGUUCCCUGUGAGGCUCGGGAAGUUCAAGAAUGUCGGGACCCAGGGUGCUGUGGAAGGUGGCAACGCCAAUGCUAGUGUGUUGACUAGGGAUCAAGGGGAGAGUUGCAGCAGUAGCUUGGAUGGAAGGAGAUGCUUUUCCAUGGGCACCUAUCAGUAUGUUCUUGGCACUUCUGAGCUCCGGGUAGCUCUCCAGCCUGGCCAGAUUAGAAAUGGUGCUGGUGGUGUGAUGAGAGGAAUGCCUUCUGGGUUAAGUUCGAUCAAUGCCGACAUUAUGGAAGGGAAGAAGAUUUGCGCACGGAACAAAGGGGAGAGUUUCUCCGUGUCGAAGAUUUGGCAGUGGUCUAAUCUGAAGGGCAAGCUACCUGCUGGGUCGGAUGAUUGUUCGGAUGCAGGGAGCCUUCCAUGGAUGAAGAAAGGAGGCGCUGGGGAUACAUCAAACAUUUGACUCUGUACUAGUGUACUUUGAUAGUAGCUAAUGUUUUCUUUUGUUAGUGUUGCUCACUUAAUUUCUUACCUCUAGUAUUUUUCUUGUCUAAUUUCAUAUGCUGAUUUUGAAUGCGUGAAUCUCAUUGGGGGCAUAACUUUUGGUAGUCAUACCAGCUUAGUCAGUUGCACUAUGUAUAUUGUGAUGACUUAGGAUGAUGUGAUAUCUGGUCUGCCUUUUAUUUUGUAUUGGUCUGUUGCUACCGUUUAUAUUUCUGCAAUUUCCCUUAUUUGAUUGAUCA